ACAUGACUCGUUGUUGCCCAAACUAUGCGAAGAGCGAGAAUUACGAGGAGCACCUUGGUUUCAAGCUGGUAUACCGAGAGAAAUAGCAUUGGAGAUUUUAAGCCAAGAACCAGUGGGGACCUUUAUGGUUCGAGAGAGUACAAGUAAACCAGGCUGCUACGCGCUGUCGUUGAGAGUACCGCGAGAAUUCCAGCUAUCGGGUAUUGCCCACUACCUCAUCAUGCGGACUCACAGGGGCUAUAAAAUAAAGGGUUUUACGAAAGAAUUCAGCACAUUAACGUCCUUAAUCACCCAUCAUUCCGUUAUGCCAGAGCUCUUACCUUGUCCUCUCUCUCUUUCUCGAUACAACCCAACAUUUCGGAAACAAGACUCUUCGGAAGACUUGGUGGACGUAGAUGAAGAUCCAGACUAUAACCUUUUGUCAGACUUUCGUAAAAUGAUGGCUGACUUAAACGUCUGAUGCAGGCCUAAGUCUAGGCCUAGUUCCACUAGGUGUGUCUGAGCAUUUGUUUGGUGGUGUUUUCAAAAUGACUUGACUACCGUAUCUGCAUUACGUUUACUACGGUUUUCUUGGUUGUUACAGCGAGACGAUAAGUGAGGGUUAACAAGUUGUCAUUGUGAUCAUACUUUAACAGAAUUUUUUAGUUGUCGUAGUUACGAAAUGUGCUUCAUUGGACACAAAAUGAAACUUAUGAACUAUUCUUAGAUUUAAAAACAAAACUCUUCAGUCUUAUUCUGGACUUGUAAUUUAUUUUUUGUUACAGAUUGGAUAGUCCAAAAUUUAGCAGAGUGCUAGGUGAUUUACAUUUUAGAAGCUUCUUGGGGAAAAAAUAUAACUUACUGAUAAUUUAGGCUUAUCUCUAUAUUGUGAAAUGCCUUCGAAUUUGAUUUGUUUUCCCAACAACUAAUUAACAUAAUUUUCUACUGAAGAAGAACGUCCUGUUCACCAUGAUAUAUUAACUUAGUAUGAUAUAAUCUCCCUACCAGACGUUCUGCCAUUCAAGGUAAUUGGGGAUAGUGGAGUGUGACUCGAGAUACUUCGACAGUGUAUACACGUGAGAAGUGAACUUUUAAAUAUACGUAAGUUUAUUAUCAAAACGCCACACCAGUUUUACAUUCGCUUCUACUGUCUAAUUACAAAUAUAUAGUCAUCUACAAUAUAUUUUACAUAUGUUUCUCAUUAACCACAUAGUUUACGGAUUUAAUUAUCUUAAAAAGGUUUUUAAAAGCAUGGUAGCAAGAAAUAGAAAUAAUACUCAUAGCUAAAGUUCUGUGUAAGGUUAUUCGUGUUUGAAAUACGCUUUAUGCGCCCUCUGGAUGUAAAAUAUUGAUAUAAAUACUGGAUAUAUGCAGAGUGAUCCAAACAUUAGGUGAAUUUGAUUUGAUUUGUAUCAACAGCAACAAAAUCUCGUUAUUGGUCCUUUGUUAGUCUGUGUUACAUACUUAUGUACUGUUCUCUUAUAUAUUUUUACGUUAGUAUGAAACAGAUGAAAAUUAAGAAGUUGGUAUAAUAAUCUGGAACCAGUGAGUUUUGGACCAUCGUGUACAUUAUU